UGAGUGUUGAUGUGUUUAGUAAAUAAUUAACAUGCUGAGAGUGAGACAGUGUGAGAGUGAGACAACCUGAGAGUGAGACAGCCUGAGAGCGAGACAGUCUGAGAGGAGAACAGUCUGAGAGUGAGAAGCCUGAGAGUGAGACAGCCUGAGAGCAAGACAGUCUGAGAGGAGAACAGUGUGACAGUGAGACAGCCUGAGAGCGAGACAGUCUGAGAGUAAGACAGUCUGAGAGGAGAACAGUGUGAGAGCGAGACAGACUGAGAGUGAGACAGCCUGAGAGUAAGACAGUCUGAGAGGAGAACAGUGUGAGAGUGAGACAGCCUGAGAGUGAGACAGCCUGAGAGCGAGACAGACUGAGAGGAGAACAGUGUGAGAGUGAGACAGCCUGAGAGUGAGACAGUCUGAGAGUAAGACAGUCUGAGAGGAGAACAGUGUGAGAGUGAGACAGCCUGAGAGUGAGACAGUCUGAGAGUGAGACAGCCUGAGAGUGAGACAGUUGUGUCGGACAGGUGGAACCGGAACAGGAACCGGUUUAUUUUGAGCAGGAGCUCAGAUGCUUUCAGUCCUGCGAUGACGUCCACAGUCUCUCUGAACGCAGGAAGAACAAACAUUAACAGCCUUGUGUUAAUGAAUGAACUUUAUUUAGACAGUAGCUGAGAUAAAGGAAGGAGAUAAAGAAGCACAUUGGAACAGAAUCAGAUCUAUGCUCAGAGUUUUUACUAAAGGUUGUUCGUAGUCCGUGUCACCUUCAACAUCUGUAACAUCUGCCAUGACGGCUCCGGUGCCGAAGCCGAGAACCCGGUACAUGCUCGGGAAGAGUUUACGGAGCGAUUCCACAGACAGCAGUAAAGCUGCUCAGGAUGAACCCGAGACAAACAAUAAAACAUCUGAAGUGACCAGCCCAGAACUGAACGGUGACUCGUGCUUCUCUCCUGCUGAUCUCCCUGAGCUUAAAGAGACAGACGACACACAUGGAGGAGACAUAUUGGAGAAGUACGUGUGGCCGGCUUCACCUCCGCAAAGCCCCUUAGCGUCUGAUGAUGAGGACAUUAAAAAUUUAUCAGACGGUGUGAAGGAGUGUGUUACCUCUGAUUCCUCGGCUGAGGAUUGCCCCAUGACGCCCCUCACCCCACAGUCAGACACAUUUUUUAACAUCCAACCUCCUAAAGAAUGUCACAACUCCACCAACAGUGAAAGUGCUCCUCAGGUAACUAAUUCUCAGUCUAAAGACACCACUCCGUUAAAGCCACCAGUACCGAAGAAACUGAAUCAACCUCCCACCCAUAAGAAACCACGAGCCGCUACCAUCCGUGUGAGCCGGAGGAAAUCUUCAGCAGGAGCAGGGAAUGCCGUCCAGCCUGAAGAGAACUCCCACAGAGAGAGUGCUGUAGCACGCUCCAGCUGGCUGGACGUCUGGAAGGGCCGCAAACACAAUGUGCUGUGGACCACGUUUGACGGUCAGGUGAUAUCUAUGUGGAAGAAACGCUCGGACAAGAUUUCCGAGUAUGUGUUUCACGUGUCGAGCAUCACCAACGUGCGUCAGCAGGGCCAAAGACGCUUCUUCAUUCAUUUCCGCAAGAAGCACUUUGAGUUCAUGGCUCACAGUGAAGAUGUGAAGGCGGGAUGGGUUGCAUCACUGCUCGCUUCCCGAGGACGAGAACCACCAGCACCUCCUCGUCAUCACAGCUCACUGAUGAUGAAGGAACCACGUAGCAAAGUUUACGGUGCCAUCUGCGGACACAACCUGUGGAUUUACAACAGCAAAGAGGACUUUAAUUUGGGUCUCGGGAUGACCCUUGUGUCCAUGAAUGUGGCAUCGGUGAAGCAGACUGGACGCCACAGCUUUAGCCUUACUAUACCUUAUAAAACGUUCAAUUUCUCAGCAGACUCUUCGCGAGAGUUAGCGACGUGGCUGGAUCAUCUGAACAAGGUGAUCCUCAGUGCCCUGUCCUGCAGUGAGGUGGCGCAGCGCUUGUGGUCGAGCCCCUGGAAUAAAGUGUGUGCUGACUGCGGCAGUCCGAACCCGGAGUGGGCCUCCAUCAACCUGCUGAUGGUCAUCUGUGAGGCCUGCGCAAACUUUCAUCAAAAGAUGGGGAACAACAGGUCCAAAGUGCGGAAUCUGAAAAUGGACAGUAAAGAGUGGACCGAGCCUCUGAUUCAGCUGUUUGUGCUUUACGGGAACAAAGCUGGCAAUAACGUGUGGGGCCACAACGUCCCGGCGGAGGAUCAGAUCCUCCCCGACGCCGAGCAGGAGCAACGCGCCGCUUUCAUCAACGCCAAGUACUGCAGCGGCCUUUACCGCAAAGCGCAUCCUCUCGCCUACAGCCAGAAGCUGCUCGACCAGAGGUUGUGUGAAGUGGUGUGUGGAGCUGACGUGGAGGGGACGCUCUCACUGCUGUGUUCAGGAGCGAAGGUUCUGGGUGGAGAUCGUCCAUCAGCCAUCACGUUGGCGGAAAACGCCGGACAGGCUCUGCAGACUGAGCUGCUCAGACACAACGAGUUUGUAGAAACUCCUGACUUUGACCAGCAGAGACAGACGAAAGAGCAAAUGAGAUUAGAGGAGCUGCAUGGCAGGCUGGAUGAUGAGCGCUUCCUCUUUUCUCAGGAGACCCAGUCAGCUGCAUGUGAUGUUCUCGACCUGAGAGAGGUCAUUUCUGUGUUCAAUCAGUCCGCAGGUCAAACCCAUGAGUUUGAGAUUCUGACACUGACAGACAACCUCACCUGUUCCGCGGACACACAAGACCAGCUGCUCAAUCACAUGCUGCACAUUAUCAAGGUGGUGAUGCCCAGCCCCCUGUUGGAGGAGGAGCUUGGUGGGGUGAUGGGCGUGUCCCGGCUGUCUCUGAGAGAGGGAAGUGGACUUCAGCACGCUGAGGUUUGGGCGACGAUCCGACCGGGAGAAAUCUUAAUCUAUCCCUCACACACACACACACCCCCGACCCACAUCCUCCUCAACCAACACACACGCUGCAGUGUGUGUUUGUCGGAGAACACAGUGGAGGUGACUGCAGCAGAGAAAACGGUGUAUCUUCAGUUUGAGAGCAAGGACAGCUGCAGCAAAUUUUACAGUCUGCUCUCCAGCGCCGCCUCCAGUGACACCUCCAGCGACACCUCCAGCGACAGGAAGUCACAUCGUCACUCCCUGUACACACUUCCUGCGGGGGUUAGUGGGAAAGUUCCUCCUGAGGUGCAGCGCUGCAUCUCUCACAUCACGCUGUACGGCCUGAAGGUGGAGGGUCUGUACCGCUGCUGUGGGUCGGUCGUUAAGAUCGCGGAGCUGGUGGAGAAACUGCACGAGGCUCCGGACGACGUCGUUUUGGAGACAAAUGAAGUUUGUAUACAGGAAGUAGCAGGAGCGCUGAAGCACAUCCUCCGCAACUCAACUCUACUCAUCCCACAAUCUGAGAGAGAGAGCUGGGUCAAAGCGGCAGUUUACACUGAUGUCACUAACAGACUGCAGGAGUAUCGCAGACUGGUGAAACUUCUUCCUCCUGACAACAGGGUCCUACUGUCCACCCUGUUCAGUCACCUCUACAACGUGCAGCUCCACAGUCAGGUGAACAAGAUGACAGUGCAGAACCUAGCAGUGGUGUUUGUUCCCAUGCUGUUUGAGGAGUUGGCCAUGAACAUAAACAUGGUACAUCUGACGAGAGAGCUCAUCAUCCAUCACACACUCGUCUUCCUGAGUAAAGACGAAGCUCCAGUGGAGGAUGAAAUGAUCACCGCGCUGUGAAGGAGAAAUAACGGCGUCCUCUCUCGUAUCUUACUGCACUUUUAUACACACAUUUACAGUAAACAUCAGCGGAGCUGAAAACUCGCACUCUCGUUAUUUCGGCUUUGUUUUAGUCGAAACACGUGACGAGGAGUGUUUGUUUCUGUGUAAUUUAAAGACGAACAAAAGGCAAAUGUGACACAAAUUCAUUGUUCUCAUUUUUACCUCUUUAUUACUGAAUCUGUUAUUAUUCUCAUUUGGAUGCUAAUAUCUAUGCACACAAGACUUCAUGUAAUGAAUAAAAAGCUUUUUUGUCCUUUAA